AUGGCCGUCUCCCGCCGCGCUCCCCGCAAGGUUUCCCACGCGCACAAGGCCCACCGCAGGCCGAAGCGCUCGUGGAAUGUGUACGUGAGCCGCUCACUGAAGGCGAUCAACAGCCACAUGUCACUUUCGCACCGCGCGAUGAUGAUCAUGAACUCGUACGUGACCGACUUGCUGGAGCGCAUUGCCUCGGAGGCUGCGUCGAUUGUUCGCGUGAACAAGAAGCGCACGCUGGGUGCGCGCGAGGUGCAGACGGCGGUGCGCCUUGUGCUGCCGGCGGAGCUUGCGAAGCACGCCAUGGCUGAGGGCACGAAGGCUGUGUCGAACGCGUGCCGUUAA